GAGAGAGAGAGAUAAACCCUUGAACAAACUCUGAUAACAGUUUGAAAAUAGAAAGUAGAAAUUGAGUGUGGAGCAGAGAGAAGCAGAUAACGAACAAUGGCUUGUGCUAUAUCGGCGGCACCCCCACUUCUCCACUCUUCUUCCAAACCCUUUUCCUCCAUUAAAUUCUGCUGCUCGAAUCACGUUUCUUCAUGUGAAAAUAAACCUAAAACCCCCAAUUUCCACACCCACUCUUCCCUCAUUUUUAAGAAAAAAGAUUCCAACUUUAUUUGCAGGGCCGAAAAGGAGUACAAAUUCCCCGACCCAAUUCCGGAAUUUGCCGAUUCUGAGACUGUGAAGUUUAAAACCCAUUUAGUUAAGAAGUUGUCCAAGAAAGAAGAUAUGUUUGGUGAUUCUAUAGAUGAAGUUGUUGGAAUUUGUACCCAGAUCUUCAACGAGUUCAUGCACACGGAGUACGGUGGUCCAGGUACACUACUGGUCCUUCCGUUCAUAGAUAUGGCUGAUACGGUAAACGAGAGAGGCUUGCCGGGAGGACCUCAGGCGGCUCGAGCAGCUGUUAAGUGGGCUCAAGCCCAUGUCGACAAGGACUGGAAAGAGUGGUCUAGUGCUUAGAAUUUAUAUAUUUAAUAGAAUAUAUUGUGAUCUAAGUCUGAGAUUUUGAGAGACAAUAAAUAGGAGUUUGUCUAGUUAUUGUAGUGAGAGAGAAAAAAAAGAUAUGUAUUUUGAUAUAUAAUGUCACAUUUGCAUCUCUGGUAGUGAAUUUUGCAUCAAAUUGUCAUUCGAAUGA